GAGCUGCCAGAUGGUCACUCGUCCCAGGACGGCUGGAUGGGUGCGAGAACAACCCUCUGUGUAUACUGAGAGACCACAGAGCUGGGUUUAUGGGCCAGAAACGCUAAUCAAUGCCAUGAGCCUGAAGGAUUCUCUUGGUCAUUAUUCCCAGCGGGCGGAGACGAGCGUGGCCGGGAACACGGCGUGGGGCGCGCCUGGGCUGAGUUCGCAGGGAGGAGGGAGGCGGGGGAAGCAGGCGUGGCCGCGCGGGACAGAAAACCCGGGGCGCGUGCGGAGCCCGCAGGGUUUCCCAGCGGGGGCGUCCGAGGCUCCGCUUCUCCCGGCGCCGCCGUCCCCUCGCGGUCCCCACGCCGGCCCGCGUCUCCGGCCCCGCAGACAAGCCGGGCUCCCGCCGGCCACGGUCGCGCUGACCCGCCAUGCCCGUCGACCUCAGCGGCACCUGGAACCUGCUCAGCAGCGACAACUUCGAGGGUUACAUGGUGGCCCUAGGUAUUGACUUCGCUACCCGCAAAAUAGCCAAGUUGCUGAAGCCACAGAAAGUGAUUGAGCAAAACGGGGAUUCCUUUAGCAUCCACACAUACAGCAGCCUGAGGAACUACCUUGUUACAUUUAAAGUCGGAGAAGAAUUUGAUGAGGAUAAUAAAGGGCUGGAUAACAGGAAAUGCAAGAGCUUGGUCACCUGGGACAAUGACAGACUCACUUGUGUCCAGAAGGGGGAGAAGAAGAAUAGAGGCUGGACCCAUUGGAUCGAAGGGGACAGACUCCAUCUGGAAAUGUUCUGUGAAGGCCAAGUGUGCAAACAGACGUUCCAGAGAGCCUGAGCCGUAUCCAGCCCCAGAGCCCACAUGCGACUGCAGCUUCAUGUUGAAAUCUAUCCCCAAGUGAACAGAUGUUCGUCUGUCCUGGUCUGGCGGCAGGAACCUGUGGUGGGAGAGCUGUCCCACAGCCUGUACCAGAAGUGAUUUACUCAGACUGUGGCAAAACGGCCCCGUUUCAAUAAACCUGUCCAACGACCCCGA